AUGGACGGGAUUAAAGUGACCCAGGUCCCCGCGACUUUGGUGCGCUUGGGCCAGCAGCUUGAAGGAACUGUACAUUUGACGCAACACCAUAUGAUAUUCAGAACAGACCAGCGUGAAAUCUGGAUAAGCUACCCCGUUGUCUCCGAAGUUGUACGAAGAGCCGCAACCUCAUCGGGUUCCUCGGCCCUUUUGCGCAUGGUUGGCAAAGAUUUCAUGUUUCUUUCUUUUCAAUUUGCUUCAGAUGACGAUGCAAUCAAUGUGUACGAUUCCUUAGUGAGUCUUUGCCAUCCAGAGGAUACCUCGGACCUGUACGCCUUCGUCUAUCGUCCGGCCCCUCCGGAAAGUAAUUUUAACUGCUGGGAUUUGUAUGAUCCGGUUAAGGAGUAUCGCAGAAUGGGAAUUGUCCCUGAAGAUACAUCUUGGCGUAUCACGAAUGCCAACAAUUCUUUUACACUGUGCCCCACGUACCCCCCUUUGCUGGUUGUGCCAGGCUCAAUUAGCGACACGGUCUUGAGCUAUGCAGCGAAAUUCAGGUCCAAAGGGCGUCUCCCUGUGUUGAGUUACUAUCACCAGUUCAACCGGUGCACAAUCUCCAGGUGUUCCCAGCCUUUGGUUGGCCUUAAACAACAUCGCUCACCCCAGGACGAGGGCCUACUGCGGGCAAUAUAUGCCACAACAGAAACUCCGCGAGGCUACCACGGUGCCACGGUCGAGAACCUAAUUGUAGACCUUCGUCCGGCUGGCAAUGCUUACGCCCAAACUGCCCUCGGUGGUGGCACAGAAAAUAUGGAUCGAUACCGGCCCGCACGAAAAGCAUAUUAUGGUAUCGACAAUCUUCACGUCAUGAGAGACAGCUAUAACAGGGUCGUAGAAGCUCUUCGUCACGGAGACGUUAGUGACUCUACCCCCUCUGCCGUUAGUCUGGAAAAGAGUCAAUGGCUGCGACAUAUCGAGAUUAUUCUCGAGGGAGUUGCUCAAGUUGUGCAGCAAGUUCAUUUCAAGUGUUCUCAUGUUGUUGUACACUGCUCAGAUGGCUGGGAUAGGACACCCCAGCUCACGUCUUUAGCCAUGCUUUUGCUGGAUCCUUAUUUCAGGACUUUGGAAGGCUUUGCUGUAUUGGUCGAAAAAGAGUGGGUGUCAUUCGGGCACCAAUUCCAAAUACGAAACAACGACUUGGGCCGCAAGAAUUUUUCUACUGUUGAAGAAGAUCCGUCGGUGUUUAGCAAUGUGACCAGUUUUAUUUCCGAAACUACCAGAGGUCGACAGUCAGGCCCGAUCUUUCGGCAAUUUCUUGAUUGCGUGUACCAACUAGUCUACGAACACCCUAAUGAUUUUGAGUUCAAUGAACGAUUCCUUAGGAGACUGCUCUAUCACAGUUAUGCGUGCCAGUACGGAACCUUCUUGCUCAACAACGAACGGGAAAGAGAAGAGUACAGAGUGCGAGAAAAGACUCGAAGUGUCUGGGACUAUUUCAUGGCCCGCAAACAACAAUUUUUAAAUCUAAGUUACGCUGCCACCGAAGAAGUAAAGCUACCCCCUGCAAAAUCACGUUGGUGGGCUGCAGCAUUUGGAAGAUCCGACGCCGACAUGAAUGAUCCCGAAGCAUGGAGAAAAGAUGCGAGUCCCAAACGGCAAAGCCCCAGCCUCACGCCCAAUUCUGCCAAUGGAUCAAAGCCGGAGGACAAAUCGCACACGCUUGCUGCUUCUUUAAACCAAGUCACUCUGGAUGAUACCAAACGCGAAACAACUAUCCAAGCAGAAGAAGUCGUCACGUAA